AGCUGCUGUUCCAAACAGCGGAAACGACCGAUCGCCGUUCUCCGGUAUCCGUGAGUCAGGACUCCCGAGUCUAUUCUCGCGGGAACGUGAGUCCGUUCUCGCCGUCUUAAGUAAAGGGCAAAGUUUGGUUUAAUAUUUUACCGACUUCAAAGGAAGACUGAAGAAUGGCGUUGUUUUUACUCCGAGGACGUGUCUUUAGGUGCAGAAGCGACAUUAAGAGAGUCACGACAGCCACGCAGCGGAACUGCUCUUCAGUGGCCUCGGGGAAGCAGCGUGUUAAUGGAGUGGAUCUGUACUACGAGCAGACAGGCAGAGGGAAACACGCUGUGCUGUUGCUUCCUGGUGCUCUUGGGUGCACUCGGACUGACUUUGGACCUCAGCUGAAGUCUCUUAACAAGGAGCGCUAUACCGUCGUCGGCUGGGAUCCCCGUGGUUACGGACGAUCCCGCCCCCCGGACAGAGACUUCCCCUCAGACUUCUUUGAGAGGGACGCGAAGGACGCGGUGGAUCUGAUGAAGGCGCUGGGAUUUGUCAAGUUCUCUCUGCUGGGCUGGAGUGACGGAGGGAUCACCGCUAUGAUCGCAGCAGCGAAGAACCCCGACGUCAUCAGCAAGAUGGUUGUAUGGGGAGCCAAUGCAUUUGUUUCCCAGCAGGACCUCGAGCUCUACAAUGCGGUCCGAGACGUCUCCAAGUGGAGUGCGAAGAUGAGGAAGCCCAUGGAGGAGGUGUAUGGAGCAGAAGUCUUCGCUAAAACCUGGGAGGCCUGGGGGGAUGGGAUCGCUCAGUUUGCAAAAAGACCUGAUGGGAGUAUCUGCCUGGAGCUUCUGCCGCUAAUCCGCUGUCCAACCCUCGUCAUUCAUGGAGAGAAAGACCCCAUGGUGCCCAGCUUCCACCCACAGCACCUCCUCAAACACAUCAAGGGAUCACGAUUACACCUGAUGCCAGAGGGUAGACACAAUAUCCACCUGAGGUACGCUGAUGAAUUCAACAAACUGGUGGAAGACUUUCUGGAACACACUUCAGAAAUUCAUUAAACUAAAAUUCAUUAAACUGAAAUAAUGUCUGAUUCUUUUGUGGACAAGAAGCAGAGUGAAUAGAAUUAAUGGCGUUAGACACUAAGUUUAGAAAUGUCUGAACUUUACUCAAUUGUUGUAUAUCCCUUUUAAGAGAUGAAAGUUAUUUUUCAACAAAAUUACUUGCUGCUGCAUCUUCAUGAUAGUGGUUGUUAUUGUGGCUAAUAAAAUGUGAAAAACAGAUAA